GGCUCAAGGGUCCCAGGCACAGGAGCAGCAGCAGCAGCAGCAGCAGCAGCACCUGUGAGGAAGGCUAGAGACCAGAGCUAUGGACGACCAGCGCGACCUCAUCUCUAACCAUGAGCAGCUGCCCAUGCUGGGCCAGCGCCCUCGAGCCCCAGAAAGGUGCAGCAGUGGAGCCCUGUACACCGGCUUUUCUGUCCUGGUGGCGCUGCUUUUGGCUGGGCAGGCCACCACUGCCUACUUCCUGUACCAGCAGCAGGGGCGUCUAGACAAGCUGACCAUCACCUCCCAGAACCUGCAACUGGAGAGCCUUCGCAUGAAGCUUCCUAAAUCUGCCAAACCUGUCAGUCAGAUGCGGAUGGCUACUCCCUUGAUGAUGCAGCCACUGUCCAUGAAAAGCAUGCUCCAUGGGCCUGUGCAAAAUGCUACCAAGUAUGGCAACAUGACCCAGGACCAUGUGAUGCACCUGCUGCUGAGGUCUGGACCCCUGGAUUACCCAAAGCUGAAGGGGAGUUUCCCAGAGAACCUAAAGCACCUGAAGAACUCUAUGGGUGGUCUGGACUGGAAGGUCUUCGAGAGCUGGAUGAAACAGUGGCUCUUGUUUGAAAUGAGCAAGAACUCUCUGGAGGACAAGCCCGCUGAGGCUCUGCCUAAAGCUUCAGUACUGACCAAGUGCCAGGAAGAGGUCAGCCACAUCCCUGAUGUCCAUCCGGGUGCGUUCCGUCCCAAGUGUGAUGAGAACGGUAACUAUUUGCCACUCCAGUGCCACGGGAGCACUGGCUACUGCUGGUGUGUGUUCCCCAACGGCACCGAGGUCCCUCACACCAAGAGCCGCGGGCGCCAUAACUGCAGUGAACCACUGGACACAGAGGACCCAUCUUCUGGCCUGGGCGUGACCAAGCAGGACCUGGGCCAAGUCAUGAUGUGAAGACGGAGGCCAGCUCUGCACAGCGGUAGCUUUCCUGCUCUCCUGUGCCCCAGCCUUUCUACCUCCCCUUGAUGUCACAUCCCACUUCCUGUCUCCCUGCACCUUGGGGCUUGAGGCUGAUGUCUGCUUCAUCAUCCCUGGACACGACAAAUAAAACCAGAACAGAAUGAGGACGCUGGAGGGCCCUGCUGCCCGCCUCCAUCUAAAGGGAUACAAAGCUCAGAGUGGGCGACGCUAGGUGGACCCCAUUUCUGAUUUAGCAGCCUCCAAUGUGGGGCUUUGAGAUGUAGGCCCACACACAGGGAUAAGGAGGGGUGCUCUACUCAUAAGCUAUACUGGACACAUCUGUCUUCUCCUCAAGGAAGAACCCAGGCCCUCCUUCCAACAACCCUUCCUAACCUCCUGCCAACCCCCCAGGUACCUUGCUCAGCCAAGCUUGUCAGCAGCCUGUAGGACCAUGGCUCGUGUGACAAUAAAAGGUAGUAAGUAGAA